AUGACUACAGAUCAGACGAUUGUCGCCUUUGAUCUUUACGGUACGCUGCUCUCUACUGAUUCGAUUGUGAGGCAACUCGAGCAGCAUUUCGGCCAGGCCAAGGCACAGUCCAUCUCGGCUUCAUGGAGACGGUACCAGCUCGAAUACACCUGGAGAUUGAAUAGCAUGGGACGUUAUGAGUCCUUCUCCGACAUUACGCGAAACUCCCUGCACCAUUCUCUGAUGGAGAACGGCUCGCACCUCCACGAAGAAUACGUUGAUCGGCUCCUGCAAGCCUACGACAACCUCUCCGCGUUCCCUGAUGUGAAUCCCACGUUGAGCCGGUUGGCCACCACCCCUGGCAUUGCAGCCGUGGUAUUCUCCAAUGGAACGCAAUCGAUGGUGUCCAACUCAGUGCUUCACUCGCAGGACCUGUCGUCCCACGCGAGCAUUUUUCGCGACAUUAUCACCGUUGACCAUGUCAAGCAGUACAAGCCCGCACCGGCUGUCUACAAGUAUCUCGCGGAGAAGAUGGGCAAGACACCGUCACAGAUGAAGGAUAUUUGGCUGGUCAGCAGCAACCCGUUCGAUGUCGUCGGGGCCCGAAGUGUGGAGAUGAAUGCUAUCUGGGUCGACCGGGCUGCUCGGGGAUGGAUGGAUGCGACGCUUCCCUCUCUACGGCCGACGGUGAUAGUCCACCAACUGGAAGACACCGUGGGUGUGAUCGAGUCAUUGAAAGCGAAUAUUUUUAGGGGCGAUAGAUAA